AGAAAACAGCCCCCAAAAUGCUCCCCAGCCAAAGCGGAGCUGGCGGGAGGCGGAAAUUCCAUCAGCAUCCGCUGCGCUCGCCGAAUUCCAUGAGCCAAGCGAGACCCGCGGGCGGUGGGAGCCGCUCCAUGGGAUAGAGCCCUCGUUGUCCGCCGGGAAUUUUGUGGCGCCCUGGGGCCGGCAGGGCCCUCCUGACGGCGUGAAAAAGCUCAGGGAUUGCCUUUCAGGAGAGAUCCCUGCGGACCUCCCCUGUUGGAAUGAAUGAAGCAGCGACUUGUCUUCAUCUCUUAUCUAAAAACCCGCCCUCGGGUCCUGUUUCUGUGUCGCUGCCGAGACAAUUGAGGGCUCGGGUGUAGCUGGGGGUUUCUGGCUGUUUUCCCGUGCGUUUGAGGCCAGUGGAAAGUCUCCACCGCGCCCAGAGCUGCGGUCGUGCAUCCCUCUUCAGUCCUGCCCGAGGACUUGGGAUUGCUUCUUCCUGCCCUCAGGGUUGAUCUUGGUGCGCCGCCGCUGCCGCUGAAUUUUUGUGGGUUUGUUGGAAAAUGUUCUUUGUAGUUUGCUGUUGCUGCUCCCUUGGUCUAUCGGUUGGCACUGGCUGGGUGAGUCCCAGCAAAACCACUCUGCCGGCGUUGUCCUGCUGGUUUGGGCUGGAAUUGCUGGAAGAGGCCAGAUUGGGUCUCCUUGAUUUGGCUUAUGAGUUGUCCUGCAGCAGCUCCUCACUCAAGCCCAGUGUGGGGAGCUGGAGGGGGGAGUGGAGCAUCUCCAUGCAUGGAGCAUCCAGAGCUCAGGCUUUGAGUGGAACACCUCAGAGAGCCCGAGGCUCGGUGUCCUCUUGCAGAAGAAGUUCUAUCCUAAUGGCCGUGGAUGUGGGAAAAUCCCUUUCUGAGGCCUCUCUGAGCGGGAAUGCCGAGGACGAUGGUAGUUGGGACUGCACGGAGGUGGAGGUGGACAGCCCGGAGCUGACGGACAGCCCGCACCGGCUCUCAGGGGCAGAGGAAGCCAAGCCCAGCCUGCAAGGGAUGGAUGUGACAAUGAGCAGACACAGUCACUUGGCCACUGGUGUCACUCAGGGAGACUCCAGCUGCCGCCCAGCAGUGUCUUCAGCAUCUGCACGCGGAUUUUUCAGAGCAAGAGCAAACCUUUCAGAGAAAGAGACGCUGAUUUGUCGAGGUGCUGCUGGUGGUGAUGUGCCUCCUCGUGUCAGCCACUGGUCCCUCUCCUCAGAAGGGCAGCAGGUGAAGCCAUCAGGCUGUUGGGAUCCGGCAUCCAGCCCUCUCAGCCGGCGCAGCUCUGCAGAGGAGAACAUCCUUCCUGACAGCUGCCACGACGCCCCUGUUGGCCAUCAGAGACAAAGUCUGGGAGCCCAAUCCUCAUCUCCCUCCACCCCAGAGCUCCUGCAGCCCCACACCCCCCCCAGCCCAGGGAGCGCCCUGCGGAGCCGCUCCAUGUUGAGCCUCUCCGCUCUGUCUUCGGGAAAGAGCGGCCUCUCCGAGGAGCCGUCGGGAAGCUUGCCAGCCAGCAUGGAUGUCCCUUCUCCAGCAGCCACCAUGGUCACUACGGCCACCAGGGACCUGUGGUGCCGACAGGGAGCAGCAGAAGGCAGGGCCCUGCAGGUGCCUUUCCUCGAUUGCCGCACCACUGUGGAGCGCAUCCGGGAGGUCUCCUCCUACCAGUCCGAUUACUGGGCCUGUGCCAUCCCGGAUUCCUUACCCCCGUCUCCAGACCGUUGCUCGCCCCACUGGAACCCCAACAAAGAAUAUGAGGACUUGCUGGAUUAUGCUUAUCCGCUGAAGCCGAGGUACAAGCUGGGAAGGAUGCCAGAGCCUGUCCUCCAUGACUCAGGAGUAGGCCUGGACAGCUUUUCUGCUUCUCCUGAGGGCACGCUGAGGUCCACCAGCUUCUACAGCCCCCGAGGUGGGCAGGCUCAGGGAAGCAGAGAAAAUGGACGUUGGGAAUUGGUGGCCUCUGCAGAGAGAUUCUCCACCCCGGGGCCUGGAGAAAGCGGCUGCUCAGGAGCCGGAUUGUUCUAUGAACCUUCACCUAUUGCCAAAGCAUCCUUUGCAAGAAGUACUUCCUCUCGUCCUUCCAGAGGUUUUGCUAAGGAUGUAAGGAUGGAGUCAGGUGGGCCAAGUUCACCUGGGCACGCUGCUGUGGAUGGGAGGAGCUGGUGUUCCAGAGGGAGCCCUUUCCCAAACCUCACAGGGCAGGCGAAAAGCACUGCUAGAUUUUUACCUAUCACAGGUGUGCUCCCCCUGAGAAAGGAGUGGGAAGGGGAUGAAGAAUUUCUUUCCCUACCUCCAAGACUGCAGGAGCUGGAAAGGCUGGCUCAUUUUCUGUCCAAUCUUUCCUUAACUGUAAGGACGCCCAGGCACGACCACCAUAACCUGCCACGUCACAGGCAGCCCCUUUCAUCUGGGCUGGCUCCUUUUGGGGAAGCGAGUGGCAGGGACAAAGGAGGGAACACUGAGGGUUAUGCUGGGCGGUGGCAGCCCUGCAGCUCUCGAAAGCCCAGCUGGGAAAACACAGAGUCGUGUGGCUGGAUCCAUAGGGAUCCCCUCCGGGGGCUUCAUCUACCGACCGGUCUCAGGGACACGUCGGAUGGGAUGUACCGAAAUGAACCACGGGUCAAGGGACAUCCAGUGAAGAGCCAGCAGAGCGAGUCCCUUGUCCAGUGUGUCAAGAUGUUUUGCUGCCAGCUGGAGGAGCUGAUCCGUUGGCUGUACGACGUGGCCGAUGUCGCCGGCAGCUGGGUGCCCCCCUCGCCGGAUGCCGGGAGCGUGACAGCAUCGCUGCACCGCUACCUGGAGUUCAGGAAGGAUGUGGCCAACCACCGGAGCCUGACGGAGAGCGUGCUGGAGAGGGGAGAAGCUCUCCUGGACUGCAUGGCAUCAAAUUCCCCGGCUCUGAAAGACACGCUAGGUUUGAUUGCAAAGCAGUCAGAAGAGCUGGAAAGCCAUGCAGAGCACCUGUACAAGUCCAUUCUUGCUGCUGUGGGUCCUGUGCAGGGCAAGGACGAGGUGGAGGACGAGGGAGAUGCAGCACAAAGCUGCCCCAUGGAACUGGAGAGACAAGUGUUUCAGGAGUGUCAGCCUCUCACAACAGGAUAGUAUCUUAAAUGCUGCUGCCUCUGUCAGACCUGGACUUCGUUAGCCCAUCUUGGGAGGGCUGAGAAGAACUGCAGCAAGCACCAAACCACCUCCACCACCACUUGGUGCAGAGAUGCCAAAAUGUGUUCAGUGAGCCCACCAGGGCUUGAGAAAGGUGUGUGGUACAGCAGGCACUCUGCUGCUGGGACGCCUGGAGUCGUGUAAGGAAUGUACAGCUGGCCUUUUUCUGGUUUGUUUUUUUAACAUAGCUUUCCUUUCUUUAUUGAAGUGGCCUGUUCCAUGUGUUAGCAGAAUGUCAGGAACAGAGUUUUUUAACUGAGUAAUCCAUAGUGUUGCCAUGCAGCUCCCUGCCAAGUAAAGCCGUGUGAUUUUAAUA